AUGUUUAAUCCAUUUAAGUUCGAAAUCGAAGAAAUAAAAGAACAAGGGAUUAGAGGUUGUACUCUUCCACCUGAAAUUAAAAUUAAUGGGGAUGAAAACAGAGUAUGUAAAACACCUAUUGAAAAAAGAAUUCCUGUAUUAAGAGCAUCAAGAGAAGCUAGAAACAAUUUCACUCUUCAACAAACACUUUGUAUUUGUCUUUUAAGUAAAUGGUGUCGUAUAACUAUUAAAAAACCAACUAGAAGAAGUUGUGUAACUGAACAAUUCUUCAGAAUUAAUUCAAUUGAACAUGAUGAAGAUAAAUUAGAUGUUUAUUCAUUCCUUAAAAAACGAUGUAAUGAAAUGUACUUGUUUGACAUUCAACGAGGAGUGACUGAGAAAACAGCAAUAAGGAGAUAUCAAAACAAUAAAAAAAUCGAAGUAAUUCAUUUAAUGGAAGACAUUCUUCGUGAAUAUGGAGUUGAAUUAGAAACUAAAAUAACAGAUGGAAAAUCUGGAAUUAACAGACUUGAAAAUAUCACUGGAAUCUAUAUUUCAAAUAAAAUCAUUCCAUUUGAUAACUUAAUCAUGGAUUUAAUUGAAAUUAAUCACAAUUUACUCAGUAGUGUUCUUCAAAGCAAUGGAGAACUUAUUAUUGAUCAAAAUCAAUUCUCUUUUAACUUCUAA